UACUGCCAAUGCAGAAAAUGGCAUCAACAGUUGCUUUUACCUAGGGGGUGCCUACAGAUAUUAACAGCUGGUGAAAAAACUGCUGUACUAAUGGAGGCAAAUAGAUGUAGCACAGCUUUUUUUUCCAGGAACAACAAAUAUUCUUUUCACCAGAUGUAGGGAACUAACCUUGGAAAAUAUGUUCUGUCAUCUUGUUAGUUUCUGCGAAGGUUCUCAGAUUCCCUAUGGAAAGUAAGACCUCUUAAAAUUGUCAUGUUGAGCACCCAAGGCCUUGUGUACCUUUGAAGACCUUGACUUAGCAUGUACUUGUGAAACUGUGCUUUCAGGAUAUCAUCUGUGGGGUUUUUUGAUUUUUUUCUAACACAAGCUAGUAGCUCUUUUUCCUAAAGAUGUGGUGUGUGGCAGUUAUGUAUUUGACAGUUCAUUGGGGCAUAGUAAAAGAGAGUGUUUGUGUGUUGCAACUUUAUUGUACUGCACAUUGUUUUAACAUUACUCCAUCAAUAUUUUAAAGAUAAAAAUCAGAUUACAAUGUUAGAAUGUAACUAAAAACUGUUUAUAUUUGUUUUUAGGUUGAAUAUCCUGAUGUGCAAUUUAAUAUCUUACUGGAGCGUGCUGGAGCUUGCACAAUUACAUCUUGCCUGAAAUCUGAAACUGUCAUGAAAUUAUCUUGUUAAGCAAAACUUUACUUGAUGCCUACUAAUAGAAGAGUAUCAAAUCACUUUGUAAGAGUGCUUGACAAGGGACUAUUUUGUUGUAGAUGUCUGUCUCACCAGCGUGUCAUGGUGGAUGUAGCAGAGAAAGAGAUUAUGGACAACCUCACAUUUAAAAGUGACACUGUGCUUUCUGAUGUUCACUUACACUAUCCAAACAAAAGACAUCUCAUGGUACGACUGAAUGCAGCUGGACAACCAGUAUUCCUGUCGUAUUUCAAGCUCCUUUGGAACGCUCAUAAUUGGGCAUCUGAGAAAAAUGCGAGAGAAGCUACAACAGAAAAAGAACACCAGCACAAAAGUGGAGAGGAAGUGUGUGACAAAGACAGGAAUAAUCUAAAAAAUGAAAGAGAAUUAAAUAUUAAAGGAUUAGAAGCUCUGCUAGAUGAUGAUGGAGACUUGGAAGUUGUCAGAAGACCUCAAAGUGCCUCUGAUUUAGAAGCGGAGGAUUUUUUGAGGGAUAGGGUUUAUCCUGUAAUUCUGAUGAGAGGGGAAGAUGAUGCUUUUGAAGAUGAAGAACAAGAAUGCACUUGCAGUGAUGUUGUUAAAAUAGAACAUACUAUGGCAACCCCUUUGGAAGACGUUGGUAAACAAGUCUGGCGUGGAGCCUUUCUUCUUGCUGACUACAUUCUGUUUAAAUGGGACAUGUUCAGGUGUUGCACAGUACUAGAGCUUGGAGGUGGCACUGGAAUUACAAGCAUCAUCAUGGGAACAGUUGCCAAGAGAGUUUACUGCACAGAUGUCGGUGAAGAUCUUCUGGCCAUGUGUGAACGUAAUGUUUCAUUAAAUAAACACCUGAUUGAGCAGGGAAGAAGUGAAAUUAAAGUUAAAGAACUGGAUUGGCUGCAAGAUGAGUUCUGUACUGAUUCUGCAGCUCCUUAUAGCUGGUCUGAAGCAGAGAUUGCUGAUUUGCAUGACCACUGUACUGUGAUAAUAGCAGCUGAUGUGUUCUAUGAUGAUGACCUGACAGAUGCCUUGUUCAGAACGCUGUAUAGAAUCACACACAACUUGAAAAAUUCUUGCACAGUUUACUUAUCAGUAGAAAAGAGGCUGAACUUCACUUUAAGACAUAUGGACAUUACCUGUGAAGCCUACAGUCAUUUCAGAAAUACUCUAAAUGAUCUGGAGAACCUCCAAGACACAAAAAUGAAAUAUACUGUGGAGCCCAUUAAACUCGAUUUCUGCCAAUUUCUCACUUACGAACGAAUUGAGCAGUUGGAACUGUGGAAGGUCACUGCUGAACGGCUGACGUGACUGGGACAUGAGAAAAUUGAAGAUACUUGCAGAAAAGAUAAAGGCUCUUUUGAUGUUACAUUAAAAAUGGAUUCUUGUCCUAAGAAAAGGAUUUUCGUGGUGGAACCAUGUUCUUGGAAAGUAAUUUCAAGAACACUUGCCUUAUUUCAAUAAGUUUAUUUUUAGCAUUUAAGACAUUGUUUCCGUAUUGUUUUCUGUUAUGAAAUUUUUUAACACUGAUCCUCAGAGUACAGAUCCAAAAUAAGUUUCAUUAGCUAUAGCAUGUGUGAUAAUAUCCCAUGGUGUUAGAUCUCGAACUGUGGCAGGGAUGUGGUACUGCAUGUUCUUUAGGUUUCGUGAUUUAGUUUUUAGAUAGCUCUUUGUCAGAAUUUAACACUUUUGCAUGUGGCUGCUUUGCAAAUGUACACUUUCAUUUUUAGCUUUCUGAACUUGGCCACUAUUUUCAGUCUCAUGCUGAUUCCACGUUAUUUAUAGAUGUGUUUGAAAUGGUCUUCUGGGCAAGAUCUAGUUGUCUUUAACAGACUCUUGUUUCCUCAUCCCUAAGCAAUCUGUUUAUUCUUUCAUCCUUUAUUAUUCUUUCUAUCCAUUUAGUCUUUCAUUUUUGGUUUGUGCUAUCAAUAUCACUUCAGUUUAGGGCUACUGUCUUAGUUGAAAGGAGACAAGAUGCAUUGAGGUUUAAAUCUCUAAAAAUGUUCCAUAGCAGUCUUGGAGGUAUGUUGUCCUACUGGUAUUUUAAGCUAUUCUGCCCUUGCCAGGUUGAGGGUGGGAAGAUUUCAUGCAAAAUGGCUUGUUCCCAUUCUUUAAAUGUUGAGACUUCUACCCUCAGUAUAUGUGUGAGAUUGGGGAGUAGCAGAUAACCAGUGUCAGGAAUGUCUCGGCAGUACAGCUGGAGCCUUCGGUGUCUUAGCUUUUGGAUUAAAGUGCAACAUAUUGAUCAAAUCUCUCCUGAGUGAUUAAUGAAACAUAAAAUACAAACAUUAUGAUUUUCGAUUUUUAAUGCAUACUGUUGUGUUAUAUCACUUCCCACAUGUACACUGUCACUGAAACUUUUGUACCUGCUGAAUUUUUUUAGCUUUAUGAAAGUGUUAAUGAUAAACAUCAUAUAUAAUGAUAAAGCUCUUCUGGCCUGUGACUUGUGGGGAUGUGCAUACAUUGCAUUAGAAGCAUCUGGUUGGUUUUUUUUUUUUUUUUUUUUAAGUCUGUUUUGUGUUUGGUUUAUUUAGUUAUUUAAAGGCAAUUAUUUAAUAACCUGUUCAUGUUCAUGAAGAUGUAUUUUCCUCUAUAUCAUUUUUUAGUUAGAUGAAAGGUCAUUAAAUGAAGAUGAUGAUCUUCCGCAAAUAUAGCCACUCAAAGUAAAAAUAAAAAUAAAGCGUUAUGUUAGCAUAUAUGCAUAGCAUUGUUAGUGUAUAGCAUAAUCUGCCUAGCUUAAUACAGAACUUUUUCUCUUAGGACCCCCAUUUAAGCUUCAAAGAUGUAAAACUAUUCCUAAUCUGUAAUUCUUACUCAAUUUGUUUUGUAAUGUAAUUAACUUCACCGAGGAGAACUUUGAGUGUAGUACUGAAGAACAGCUUAUUAAUCUUUUUUGAAGGUGUGUUACAGCAAGAAAUGAAUUUGAAUUGAUGUGAUGUGUGUGGUUAGAGAAGAUUUUUACUUGCACAAGAAUUCUGAAGGUCUUUGGAGAUAGCAAGAGAAAAACUUAUCCAGGUGGAGUGAUACUGUAGAUCUAUUCAACUUAGAAUUCUAGCAUUUUAACACCACUGGCUUAAUUUAACAUAUGAAAAAUUGGUGGUGGUGUGGUUUGGUUUUUUGGGAGAGGGAAGGUUGGUUGGUUGGUUUGUUUGUUUUUUAACUCUUGUUUCUGUGUGUGAAAAAUACGAAUAUUAGGGAUGCUUGGAAAGCAAACUGAAAUAGAAUUUCCUCCUAAAGAAACAGCUAACUUUUCUAGCUUGUUUUUGACAAUUUAUGUUGCAAGUGACAUAAGAGAAAAAACAGUUUGGGGGUUCAGUGACAGAUUUGAAGGCUAACUUGUAAAUUUGGGUAUGACCCUUAUCACUGAUGAUAAAGAAUACGCAAAAAUAGGCAGCAGCUCUCAAAAGAAUCAUAAAAGAAUCUCAUAAUGUGUUGGCUUUGCAGUGUUAAUGAGAGAGAAGGGAAGACUCUCUUGCCAGCGAAUUGGUCACUGCUGCCUGAGGACAUUAAGCAGGCACAUUACCUUCUCAAUUUUGACUUUGAUCAUACUUUAGAUAUGUCUUACAGGGUAGUGGUUUUCAGAACUUAUUAUGCAAAUUUCCACCUCUAGCAGUUCAUUGUUUAAGACUACUAUAAGCAGGGAAUUGUAUAGUACUAAGCACACAGAUUAUGGCUGGAAAUCAAGUUAGUGCCUAAAAUGAUAAUGUUUCUAGCACAUUGUAUACAUUUAUAUAAAUCAAGUUGGUUUCCCCCACACACACCCCCCUAAUAAAGCAUGAUUUAGAAAAUAGUAUGCUUGUGUGAAUGUAUCUAAAUUUUUCAAGAUUUAAACUGGUGAUUUUUCUUAGAUUUUUGGCAGUCCUGUCUUGUGUCUAACAUAUAGCAAGUCAGGUACAAUUUUUAAUCUUAGAAUUUUGGCCAGGAUAAUGAUAGAAUGAUAACUGAAAUUUCCGAAGCUGAAGCAACAAACUGUGGGCACUAUGCAUCAUUUCUUGUUCCUUUUUCAUGAGUGGCUUCUUUGUUUCAGUGAUUAUUGGGGUUUGUGGAACAAGCAAAUACAGAAGGCAAAAAUGAUACAACAGAAACUAGAGCUUUCUGUGCCAAAUAAGAAAUGUCUUGCCAACAUGGCCAAGCGCCUGUCUUCUCCUUGCUGGCUUUCUUGAUGGAACGGAGAGAAAAUACAGUUGGGAGGGGGGAAGUUGCUAGUAAUGUGGACAACAGGCCAGCCUAUGCUAGACAGGCAUGGGGCUUCUGAUUUAUAUAGCUUAUGGAAAACUGAAAUUAUUCAAUAAUAUUAAGUUGGAUGGUCUUGGAUCGUGAGCUACUGGAAAAGAGUUUGCGUAUUUUGUUGUGAAACAUUGAAGAACCCUGUUGGACUGUUCAUAUACUUCUUGAUUCCCUCUUGUCUAGUAGGAAAAUAAAAAGGUUUUGCUUUCAUUAGUAAGUUAGUAAAUGUCCUUAGUAUUAUUCAUUCCUGCAAGUUGUUUACUUCUGUGAAGAUGAAGGAAGAGAAAGUGUAUGCUUAUUUUAAAACUUGUUACUAUCUCUACUGUUCAGUGGAGUUGAGGUUGAAGAGGAUUCAUUUAGAAAGCUGAUUUUCUGCUCUGCUAAAUUAAGCCAUUCUGCACUUGGAAAGACUUCCAAAUCUGUAGUGUGGUUGGUCAGCAGAAUAGAUUAUCUUGGGGAAAGAUAAACACAGUGGGAGGGGGAGAGAAACCUGAACUCUUUCAGUGCACUUAUUUCUGAUAAAGGAGAAGAGUAUCACCUCUUGGGAAAGAGGGAAGAAGUACCAUAAUGGAUGGACACACUGUCUUCCAACAGGAUUUCUUACUUGAAACAAAUUGAUUUUACUUUUAUGUCACUGGUGUAUAUUGAUGAACUAUGUAUGCUUUCUCAACUCCACGCUUCAGAUGAAGAUUGCUCUUGAGUGUUGGUACCACUGUCCUGCUUUUAUCUUGUGUCUUGAGAGGAACAUGAAUAAAAUAAUUCUGGAUGUUGGUCAAAAGAAGAACUUGAA